CAGAACACCAGGCACCCUCAACCAUCUCACGGUUACAUCCUUAGCUAACCAUGUCUGUAUUUUUUGACUCGCCCACAAGUGAGGAUACUGUGGCUGAUGGUGACGUCGAGUCAGUUCUGGCCACCAUCGGCGUGACAAGUGGCAUAACAGCCAAGGAAUCACGCGACUACCACCAACUCCUGGCAGCUGUACAUGAUGUUGCCAAGCACGUACUCGACUUGCCAGACUACGUAGCAUAUACCGAUACUGAGAGAUAUCCACGAGAGCGAAUUUAUCGACCUUCGCCCGACGAGCAAGAUUUCGGCAACGCUUGGGCUCACAAGUUCUUCAUCCGUGGCAAUUCCCAAGGGACUUUACUCCGGGGCAAAACGCUUUGUCUCAAAGACAACAUUGCGGUUGCUGGGGUGCCGCAAUUCUUUGGGACUGACGCCAUCCCGCCAUGGACUCCUGAAUCGGAUGCCACUGUGGUCAGACGAGCACUGGAUGCUGGUGCUGAUAUCGUGGGGACGACAAUAUGCGAGAACUUCUGCAACUCGACUUCUUCAUUCACUUCUGCGCAAGGUACUGUGCACAACCCGCAUGCAGAGGGAUUUUCGGCUGGCGGAAGCACGUCUGGUGGCUCGGCUGUUGUUGGUGCAGGACUCGUCGACCUUGCAAUUGGUGCUGAUCAAGGAGGAAGUAUCCGCGUCCCGGCUUCUUUCUGUGGCUCUAAUGAGAAUAAAGGCGUAGGACUGAAGCCUACUCAUGGACUGGUCCCAUAUACUGGAUUGUCUAGUGGUGAUGCGAUUAGCGACCAUGCUGGACCCAUUGCAAGAAAUGUCCGAGACGUGGCUUUGUGCCUAGAUGCCAUCAGCGGAAGGGAUGAUUACGACGAUCGUACACUUGGUGCACCACUACAUGGAUCAAUGCAAUAUGCGCAACAUCUUCAAGGGUCUGUCGCCGGACUCAAGAUCGGUGUCCUCAAAGAAGGCGUCGAGCAUAGGAUCAUCCAAGAAGAGGUGCGAGAAACUGUCCUCAGAGCUGCAGAAACUUUCCAACUACUCGGAGCCACCGUCGAAGAGGUUUCUUUGCCGCUCCAUCUGGAGGGACCCGCCAUCUGGACUAUCCAGUCACGCAUCGCUGGUACUCUCGGUAUGCUGGGAUACGCACAUGGACGAAGAGGCCUCUUCUCAACAGCCUACGAAGCAGCGCGUCAGCCCUGGACAGACGAGUCGUUCCAGAAGCUGUUCCCAUCGACAAAGAAUACCAUGAUCAACGGGCUUUCGCUCAUGCAGAGCUAUCCGGGGCUGUACGCAAAAACAAUGAACGUGGCGCAGCAACUGCGCGAUUCGUACGAAAAGCUGUUCCAGGAAUACGAUGUCAUGAUCAUGCCCACAACACCUUUCGUAGCGCCGCCAAACGUGGACUGGAAGCGAGGAGAUGCGCCUAUGGAUGCGCUGAAGCCUAGCAUGGGCAUCACCAUCAACACGGCCAUCUUUGACGUAACAGGCCACCCGGCCCUGUCACUUCCCGUGGGGUUUGCGCCUUCGGGGGUAGAUGCCAGUGUCAAGUUGCCAGUGGGGAUGCAGCUGGUGGGAGGCUUGUGGCAGGAGCAAAAGAUACUGGACGCUGCGUUUGCGUGGGAGUCUGCAAAUAACUGGAGGGAGAUUGGGAGAAAUGAGCCAGAAUCGAAGCUUGCUACUAAGCUGUGA